UCCCAUCCACCCAUCUAUCCAUCCAUCCACCCAUCCAUCCAUCCACCAUCCAUCCAUCCACCAUCCACCCAUCCAUCCACCCAUCCAUCCAUCCAUCCAUCCAUCCACAAUCCAUCCAUCCACCAUCCAUCCAUUCAUCCACCAUCCAUCCACCAUCCACCCAUCCACCAUCCAUCCAUCCAUCCAUCCACCAUCCAUCCACCUUCCAUCCAUCCAUCCAUCCAUCCACCAUCCAUCCACCUUCCAUCCAUCCAUCUAUCCACCAUCCACCAUCUAUCCAUCCACCCAUCCAUCAUCCAUCCUUCCAUCAUCCAUCCAUUCAUCCACCAUCCACCCCAUCCAUCAUCCAUCCUUCCACCAUCCAUCCAUUCAUCCACCAUCCAUCCACCAUCCAUCCACCAUCCAUCCAUCCAUCCAUCCAUCCAUCCACCAUCCACCCACCCAUCCAUCUAUCCACCGUCCAUCCAUCCACCAUCUACCCAUCCACCCGUCCAUCCACCAUCCAUGCAUCCAUCCACCAUCCAUCCACCCAUCCACCCAUCCAUCCUUCCAUCCACCAUCCAUCCACCAUCCAUCCACCAUCCAUCCAUCCACCAUCCAUCCAUCCACUAUCCAUCCAUUCAUCCACCAUCCAUCCACCAUCCAUCCAUCAUCCAU